CAAGAAAUUACGAGGGGACAUUACUCUGAGUAAAGUGAUGACAGGGCAAGGGGCACCACUGCUGCUAUCGUGGGAAGGGAACCGCUAAGUGAAGUGUUGGUUGGCACUUUACAACUUUGGUCCAUCAACAGUGUUGUCAGCAGCGUUCACAUCACAGAGUAGGCAACAGCACUGGCGACAAGAUGGUUGCCAACUCUACUAUCAUCCCAGCAUUUCUUGUCGGCUGGAUUCAAAUCGUCGUUCCUGGCGAUUGCUUCGACGAAUUUUUUGUCAAGUUCAACUUUCUGCACGUGCCAUGUCUCAAGAUUACCAUAAGCAAAUGUCUUGGAUUCGCCAUCAUCCUUGGAUCCAGCAUUGUCAAAUUGCCGCAAGUGAUCAAGAUUUUCAAAGCCAAGAGUGGGCAAGGUAUAAGUCUAGUCAGUGUGACUUUUGAACUUAUGGCCAUCUCUGCGUCAUGGGCGUACGGUGCAGGGAACAAUUUCCCCUUCUCGUCGUACGGAGAAGCGAUUUUCCUGGCAAUACAAACAGGCAGCAUUGCAUUUAUGAUACUCUUCUUCUCUGGCAAGCAUAUGCACGCCGUGGCGUACAUGUCCAUCUUUGUGGGCAGCAUGGCCUUCCUUCUGUCUCCGGCAGCUCCAAAAGAACUUCUGGCCACUCUACAAGCUGGCAACUUAUUCAUGGUGGUGGCCAGUAAGAUGCUGCAAGCCGUGGCCAAUGUUCGUAACGGAGGCACGGGCCAGCUGUCGUUCGUGACCUUCCUCCUCCUGUCCCUGGGCGCCGUGGCCCGCGUUUUCACCUCCAUCCAGGAGACGGGCGACUCGAUGGUGGUGGCGUCCUACGUCCUCGCCUCCGUCAUGAACGGGCUCAUUCUGGGACAGAUCCUUUAUUACUGGAACGUUCCGCCUCCAGUCGUAGUAGAGGCCAAGAAAGUAAAGUAGUUCUCGGGUUAUUGCGUUUUCAAUCCCGUUUGUUGUUUGUGUGAAGGAUAAAGAGUUUUCUGGAUGUGAGACUUAGAGGAUAUUUAUAUGGUGGGGGGGGCACAGGUAACUCAAACACGUCAGGGAUAGAUAAAAAGUGCUCGGUGCAUCCAUGAUUCGGAAGGGUGAACCGACAACGAAAGACUAAAAUCAGAUGGGGCGGGGAUGAUAGAUUGAACAAGCUGUCGAUGAUUUCAAGCUUUGUGUGUUUGUGUUAUCUGUGUUCUUCUACUGUAUUUUGAGAUAAUUGUAUAGAAUAAAGAACUUUGUGGCGAGACUGAGGGUUUGUUUAACAGAAUGUUGGAAUGUUGCUAGUGUCAGUGACUGCAAAGUGUCAGGUAAACGUCUAAGACUGUUCUUAUAUUGUUUUAUUGGUUUUUAAAUGUUGGGUUGUUUGUUUUUUUAACUUUCUUUCUUCUUGAAUCGGGUUGAAGUGCUUGAAAUCUGAUGGCUGCUAAAUUGGAAACUGAAAAAAAAGAACUAAUUUUUUUCUGAUGGCAGCACACGUUGUGUAAUAGGCCUACUUUGUCUGAUGAGACAGGGAAAUAGCUUCUUGUCUUUUUCUCUAUAUUAGUGUUAGUGCGUGUUGUUUGACAAUCAAAUUACUCCAAAUAAUUAAUUGGAAGAGGGCCAAAGAAAUCGCUGUUUUUAUUCUUUUUUAAAAUCUAUCAAAUGUUCAACGAA